AUGACAGAGAUUGUGAUCGGUUUUGGCCCGGUCUCGGAAUGUGUUAAGAAGAUAGUCACGCAUGUUCAAGGUUCGACCGCCCAACGUUCUAGUGCCCACUACAGCAUCCCUCCUCAACACGACCGGUUCUUGCUCGAUCGCAUUUCCUUUCCUAACAAGCAGGUCUCCUUCGCCUUGUUGAACGUGAAAGGAAGCUCUGUUCGAGCGCCCACGCGUUUCCACUCGAACGAAGAUGAGGCCAACACCUGGCUGGCGCUCAUAAGCCAUUUACUGCGUUCCGGUGUCGCGCCUGAGCUGUAG